AUCAGAUAUCGCGUGUGGGGAGCUGACCUUUUCUUGACUUCUCAAUCUGUGUAAGCAGAGUCCCAGCCCAUUACCAUCCAUGCGUACUGCUCGAUCUGGCGAUUUGGACCAGUGCUCAAUUGAGGCAAGUAUAUCUAUCCUAGCUUUUACGCCCUGCUCUGUCUCACACCUUCAGCACACGUCCCAGGCGCAAUCCGGGUAAUCCAAAGAUGAACGGAGGCCAAAAUUACCCACGAUUCGGUAUUUCAAAUAAGGAGUCCACCACCAGCGAAACCAAAUUGAGCACCCCCGGUUCACCCUCUUCCUCAUCCGGUCACAACUCAAGCAUCACUGUCGCCGAGAGACGUCAGACCCAAGUCUCAAAGUAUCUUGUCAGUGAAGACUUCAAAUCGGAUUUUGCUACUAAACUCAACCGACUUCGUCAGCGCGAGAGAAACAUGACCUCCUCCCAAGUCAUGGUCAAAACCGCUGCGGAUCAAGGCAAGGGUAUCAACGAAGAAGAUGAAAGUCGCGAAGCCAUGGACGAAGAAGAUGAUAGCCGCGAGGCUGUCAACGAAGAACAUGAGCACCGCGAGGCUAUCAACGAAGAAGAUGAGAGCCGUGAUGCUAUCAACGAGGAAGAUGAGAGCCGUGAUGAUAUCAACGCGGAAGAUGAGAGCCAAGACACCGACAAUAAUAACAUAAUUACUGAUACCACCAGCAGCACCACGGACACUACUACCGCCACUAUUGACACCACGAAGAUGCCUCAAACGUCUUCACCCGGUCGACGUCGAGCGCGUAUUCAUGAAGACUCCAUUCAAGAAGCCGAAGAGGAAGGCUAUACAUCACCAACCUCGAAUCAGGAGGAGCAGUCUUCCUCCCGCAGGCCGUCCUGUUAUUUUGGUGACGAAGAUCCCGAGGAACAGAGUGCUCGGUACGAGGUAAUCAGCAAGCUGGCCGAUCAGCUGGCCGAGCAGAUCGAGGAGAACGACUCGUUGCUUUACGAGCUGGGCGUCGUGCGCUCGAAUAACGCCCGUCUGCAAGCCGUCGCCGCAGACAAGGAGGACGAGGUUGCCUGUCUCAACCAGCGUAAUCGCCAGCUUGAAAAUACCGUCACGCAGCUUAAUUGCUCACAGCCUGCAGAGGAAUCUGCUGCAGAAGUACUCCGCUCUCAAUUAAACCAAAUCCGAGGCAAUCUCUGCCAAUUGCUUGCACAAGGUGACGCAAAGCACCAGUCACCCGGACAUCAUAAUCAAAUCGAGAGUGAAUCUGUUACCAAAAUGCGACAAAUGAGACGGUACAGUUGGUCUAGUGCUCAGGCAAAAUGUUUUGUGGUUCAACCUGAUCAGAGGUUGGACGAACCAGCAUGUCCCGAGGCCAAUAAGGAAGGCCCUGGGGAACCAUCAGGUCACUUUCCCUCAGCUCAAGCACCGCGCGCCCAAGGCUUGAGCGCCGGAUGGACCGGCUUGGUUGAUCUAACCGACCGAGAAUCCAUGAGAGCUCACAUACUUUGGCUUCAGGCCGAACUGAUCAGCAGUCGAUCGGCACGCAUGGAAACAGAUGCUGCUCUGCAGUCAAUCAUAGACUCGAUUGCCCCGCAAACACAGCGCCCAAAUGCGGGCUCAACUGACAUGAGGGUUCAAGGCCUCGGUCUAUUCACGAAUAGUACGCCCGUGAGGCCUUUACGGUCUCUGGAUUCGAACUCGAAAGCGGCCGAGACUCCGAACCGCGGAAGCUGUCCAGUUUCAGUGAGCUCGAUUUCGGAAGAGCCCCAUAAUAGGAGUAGUCCGUUGCUGGCGUUGGCUAGCUUUGGGUUUUCAAGCUGGGGUCGGAAGCCUGAUUCGGGGUCGUCACCAAAACAGAUAGGUGACGAAGAGGCCGGGAUUCCGUCGUCCAACACGACCUCUGAGCAAAACCCGGUCGCGGCGGAAAAGGAGGCCGCUUAUCCAUUCAAGCGCUUUGGCCUCCGCUCAUUUUUCAAUCACUCCACCGGCGGUCCACUUUCGAAGUCCGACGCAGCCAACACCCCCGAUGGCCUGUCCACCAGCCCCACCCUCACCGCCCUCGAUAUAUCCCGAAAGUCUCCCAGCCGCUCCCUUACCCUCGCCGUCAUGCCAAGCUCCGCAGCCAUCCCGACUGUCCAGGACGAAAACGUCAAGCCACAACCGAUAGAGUUCAACAGCCAAAACGCUCCUCUUGGCUUCGACUCCAAGCGAAGCGGCCAGCAGCCUUUCCCCUUGGCCGUCUGUCAUCAGGCUUCCGAAGAAGGCCCAACAGGCACUUCGCUUCAUCCGGAUGACCAUCUGCUGCUCAAUGGAGGAGUCGUGUCUAAUAACUCAAAUGCCAUCAUCAUCUGAAAAUCUCGUCGCCGCGUCGUUUGUGGUUGUCCCCCGGCUAGUAUUGGCGCUUCUUCUGUCUCUCUCUACUUGUCAUAGCUGGAAAUAGCACGCGUCGUAUUAUGUCUGUAUCUUGUAUAACUGGUGUCCUCUCUUUGUCCCCGCUCAUCACCGAUCUCUUUUGUCCGUUCAUGUGCUGGUCUCUGUGGUCCCGGUGCUCACUCUCCUUUUUUCUCGUCGGCUAUUGUCUGUUUUGAGUUCCCAUCAUUUAUACUUACACAUACAUCCAUACUUACACCACACAACUUUGCUUUAUUUAUAUACAAGACCCCCAUCUUUAGUUAUAUCCACUCAUUAAUAGGUUACUUAUUAUGAUCUUGCGCGUCUAUUCGGUCUUGGAUAAUGAGUUUUGUUCCGAGUUGUUUUGGCAGCCUAGGUGACCAACCGACAUGAUUGACUCGUACAUCGCCAAACGUAGUUCCUUUGAUGUCUGUAAACCAUGUCUGGAUUGGUUAAUUCGAUCAAAUAAUUGCAGCUGUUUCUCUACGAACAAUGGUUGGGGGUCUAUUCUGAUUUGGAGGAACCAGCUGCAGCGACAUACCCCACACGCUG